UCCGGCAGCGAUGUUUCCUUCCCAAACAAAGGGCUCAGAAAGAGAAGAUCAUCGCCACACUGCACCACCUGUCUCUUCCAUACAAGGCUCCGCUGUCUAUAAAUAUCGCCCGGCUCCGGCGCUCCUUCUGCUCUCUCGACCGAUCCAGUAGCUCAUACUUUUCCCGUGAAACACAAAGCAUAAGGUGCUCGAUCGCCGCGCCUGGAUGCGUCUCCUCUACCAUUAGCUCGAUCAAGCCUAGCUAGCUAGCGCGCAGCCAUGAUCCCGGCCGUCCCGGCGACCGUGGACGGCGGCGUCCACGACGGCGCCCAGAGCGCGAACGCGCCGCUGCUUCCGGAGACCAGCCUUAAGGGUCAGCGUCCUCCGGCACGGCAGAAGCGGCCGUCGACCGUUCUCCCGGCCAUCGCGUGGACCGUGCUCCUUCUCGCGCUCGCCGGGCUCGUCGUCUACCGACAAGGGCAUGGCGGCGGCCAGGCCGCCGCGCCGGGAGACCAGGUCGCGGCAGCGGGCCGCGUCGUGGAGGUGGCUGCCUCCCGCGGCGUCGUGCAGGGCGUGUCGGAGAAGUCCACCGCCCCGGCGCUCCUCGGCGGCGGCGCCUACGACUGGACCAACGCGAUGCUAGCGUGGCAGCGCACGGCGUUCCAUUUCCAGCCCCAGAAGAAUUGGAUGAACGAUCCCAACGGUCCACUGUAUUACAAGGGAUGGUAUCACCUCUUCUACCAGUGGAACCCGGACGGGGCGGUGUGGGGGAACAUCACGUGGGGCCACGCCGUGUCGCGCGACCUCGUCCACUGGCUCCACCUGCCGCUGGCCAUGGUGCCCGACCACUGGUACGACAUCAACGGCGUCUGGACCGGCUCGGCGACGCAGCUCCCGGACGGCCGGAUCAUGAUGCUCUACACCGGGUCCACGGAGGACGGCGUGCAGGUGCAGCUCCUGGCCGAGCCGGCGGACCCGUCGGACCCGCUGCUGCGCCGCUGGGCCAAGUCGGAGGCGAACCCGGUCCUGGUGCCGCCGCCGGGCGUCGGGCUCACGGACUUCCGCGACCCGACGACGGCGUGGCUCAACCCCGCCGACAAGGCCUGGCGGAUCGCCAUCGGGUCCAAGAACCAGGAGCACGCCGGGCUGGCGCUGGUGUACAGUACGGAGGACUUCGUGCACUACGACCUGCUGCCCACGCUGCUGCACGUCGUGCAGGGCACCGGGAUGUGGGAGUGCGUGGACUUCUACCCGGUGUCCGCCGAGCUGGCCGCCGGCGUGGGGCUCGACACCUCCGCCGCGCCGGGGCCCGGCGUGAAGCACGUGCUCAAGGCCAGCCUCGACUACGACCGGAACGACUACUACGCGAUCGGCACCUACGACCCCGCGACCGACCGGUGGGCGCCGGACGACGCGGCGAUCGACGUCGGGAUCGGGCUCCGGUACGACUACGGCAAGUUCUACGCGUCCAAGACGUUCUACGACCCCGUGGGGCGGCGGCGCGUGCUGUGGGGGUGGAUCGGCGAGUCCGACAGCGAGCGCGCCGACGUCCUCAAGGGCUGGGCGUCCCUCCAGUCGAUCCCGAGGACGGUUCUCAUGGACACCAAGACGGGCAGCAACCUGCUCCAGUGGCCGGUGGUGGAGGUGGAGAACCUCCGAAUGCGCGGCAAGCGCUUCGACGGCCUCGACCUGCAGCCCGGCUCCGUCGUGCCCUUGGACGUCGGCAGAGCAACACAGUUGGACAUCGAGGCGGUCUUCCAGGUGCAGGCGGGCGCGGCGGCUGCCGGGAGCGUGGCGGCGGGGGCGGAGGCGCCGUACAACUGCAGCGCGAGCGCCGGCGCGGCGGGGCGGGGCUUGCUCGGCCCGUUCGGGCUGCUCGUGGUGGCCGACGACAGCCUGUCGGAGCAAACCGCCGUCUACUUCUACCUGGUCAGGGGCGCGGACGGGAAGCUCAGCACGCACUUCUGCCAAGACGCCUUCAGGUCAUCGAGGGCGAACGAUCUCGUCAAGGCCGUUUACGGUAGCUCCGUCCCUGUACUCACCGGAGAAGAUCUGUCAGUGAGAAUACUGGUUGAUCAUUCCAUCGUGGAGAGCUUUGCGCAGGGCGGGAGGACAUGCAUCACAUCGCGCGUGUACCCUACGAAGGCCAUCUACGACUCUGCCAGAGUUUUCCUCUUCAACAACGCUACGAAUGUUAACGUCACCGCAAAAUCGAUCAAGAUCUGGGAGCUGAAUUCAGCCUACAUCCGUCCAUAUCCAGACUCAUCAUAAGUAGGCCGGCAACCAAUGUUUGCCUCAAUAGUUUGAUUGUAUACAGUGUAGGGUAGCAGUUCUUUUGUUUUUUCUUUACUUUCUUCAUUUGUGAAUAUAUAUCAUAACGGGCAGUGAGGCUAUUGGUGGACAACAAAUGUAUUAUUUGCUACAAAAUAAGUGCUUUUCUGUGCCUAAA